AUGCCUUUUCGGGUAAGUUUCAUGGGUACAAGAAAGAUUCCAGUGUUCUGUUAUUGGAAUGGCUGCAUAAAAGAUGGCCCUGACGGUCCAUUCUACGAAGGGUCAAGACCGAGAGUGAUGAGAGUUGAGAGCAAAACCAAUUUACCGAAACUGUUGGAUGAUCUGCAUCGAGUCACUGGAUUUGAAAAAGGAAAGUUUCAGUUUGAACUGAUUGGUAGGUACCCUUGCAUUGUUCAGCAACCAAUGGUGAAGUAUGUUCGCUUGCCCAUUGUGGAUGAUUCUAGUCUUGAGACCAUGCUCGAGGUUCCAAGUUAUCAUUCUUCUAUCAACAGCCUGGAACUGUAUCUAGAGGUCAAACCGGUGGUUUCUGAUGGAGGUGUUGGUAAGCAUUCUCGGGAAGAUAACAAUGAUGGGUGGCUUGAAGAAGAGGAGAGUAGGGAUGAUGUGAACUGUGGUAAUAACGAGCCAGUUGCAACGAAAGGCCUCAGCGAUGGUGUCUCGAAGCAGAUGAUUUUCUCCAGUUCAUGGCUUGUUGAACGCGAGUUGCAUGUUGGGAUGCUGUCUAGAGACAAAGAGGAGCUGAAGAAAGCAGUGAAGCUGUGCUCUGCUAGGAUGCAACGAGAGUACAUGUGGAAUGCUAAAAAGAAAGCCAUCACUUCAAUCUUGGGAGAUUCGGACAAGAGUUUUAGCGUAUUGCCCAAGCUCAUGGCUGCCCUUUGCUCAUCUAACAAGACGGUAAUGGAUUGGCAAUAUGAUCUUUGUCCAAAUCCCAAAGACGCAUCUUUGCGUUCUGUGUUUUGGGCGUUUCAUCAGUCAAUCGAAGGUGCUGGAGUCGCGACGCACAUACCAAGUUUCGAUUCCUACUUGAAGAAAAUUGAGAAAAUGAAUCCGGAAGCUCGGAAAUGGUUAGACAAAAUACCUCCGCAUCAAUGGUCUCUGGCUCACGAUGCUGGCGGGAUGAGAUUUGGUUUCGUGAAUACAAACACCAUCUCUGUGACUUACGGAUUCAUAAACAAAGCUCCUGAUCUUCCAGUCACAACAUGCAUCUUGCUCAUCUUUGAUCACCUGGCAGAGCUUUUGAAAUCUAGCCGUGGGCUUAUCAGCGAAUCAGUUAACAGAGGAGACAAGUACGUCGAGCGUGUCAUGAAAAGGCUUGAAGAGUACAAUGUAGCCUCUAGAACACACGAUGUAUUGCCAUCGGAACCAACCGGAGUGAGGUUUGAGGUGACGGUGACGGAGAUGGUGCCAGAUGAGAAGAAGAGGUUUCGUGUUCAUCUCAACGAUAGAGUUUGCACUUGUGGGAUAUGGCAGCUUUGCAAGCAUCCGUGUUCGCACGUUUUAGCGGUUUGCAGGAGGAUCAACACUGAUCAUUUGCAGUAUGUAAAUGAGUGUUACAGCACAGAGAGUUAUCUUCAAGCUUACGCAGCCGAAUUUAAUCCGCUUCCGGGAGUCUCUGAUUGGCCAGAAGCUGCUGAUGUUCCAAGACUGUUUCCUCCUGGAAGUCGCCGCAUCUGUUGUCCGGCCAGUCACAACAGCGCCACCGCGCAACUUAUCAGCGAAGGCAAGUAA